AUGCCGUUGAACACCCCGACGGAAAUAGAUCUAACCCCGAAGCUAUCUAUUAGAGUCACCCUUCUAGAUGCGAACCACUGCACUGGCGCAGUGAUGUUCCUUAUCGAAGGGGAUGGGAAGGCCAUUCUUUACACAGGAGAUAUACGGGCGGAAUCGUGGUGGGUUGAUGGGCUAAUCCGACACCCGGUCCUCAUUCCUUAUACCCUAGGAAACAAGCGAUUGGACAAAAUAUAUCUAGAUACAACCUUCGCUCACACAUCACACACUUUCCAUACGUUUCCGACAAAAGCGGAGGGGAUAGCGGAGCUUCUACGCAAGCUGGAACCGUAUCCCGAAGACACUACCUUUUACUUCCGGGCAUGGACAUUCGGUUAUGAAGAGGUCUGGAUGGCGCUUGCUGCUGCUCUGAACUCUAAGAUUCAUGCGGAUCGUUAUCAAAUCGGCCUCUACAAUUCCGUCUCACGUAGCGGUACAUUCGAAGCACCUUCUCUCUGCGGAUUCGGGUUUGGGAAUAGACUGGCACCGGGAUGUCUCAGCGAAGACCAGAGCUCUCGCAUCCACAGCUGUGAGCCAGGCGUCCAUUGCCCCGUCGCAACUUCCAAGAAAACAGUAUACAUAACCCCCAUUGUAAGCCGGACAGACAAAGGCGCUGUUCUUCCGGAGCUCGGGGCUGGUGGCGGGCUAGGUGAUUUGUAUCAGAUUCACGAGUUAGAGCUCCCCGAUCAGUCGUCACUGGCUCAGCUGGAACAGCUCUGCAGCGAGAAGAUACAAGAUCCCCAAGCUCUCUCCAAGGCAAAAGAAGCCCUCUUGGCAGCAUUCAACUCGAAAACUAAAGUGUUAUCCCUGAAUAGCUACGGAAUGAAAGACGCCCAUCAGAUGCCUUUAGAUGAGCUCGUGAAUGUCCUCAGCCGUGGCCGCCUCGGCGAGGAGUCCUUGCCUCCAGAGAAGUUGCCAAUGUCGAAUGAUAUAGUGGAUAAAUACGGAAGGCCUCUACCCAGAACCAUUCGAUUCCCCUACUCACGCCACUCUUCUUAUGCCGAGUUAUGCGAGUUGAUAAAGGCCUUCAAACCCCGUGAUAUCCACCCCUGCACAGUAGAUCCACUGGACUGGGACGAAGACAUCUCUAUGCAAAGUAUAUUCGGCCAGUAUUGUUCCGGUAACGUGUUUGUCCAUGACCAAUACAUGCGUGAGAUGCUUGCGCUGGAGAAUGGCGAACGCCCCAGGAAGAGGAGAAGACGUGAUCCCCGAUCUCCAACGCCGUCAACGCAGCAUUCAACUCUCGUCACAGAAAACGGCAUAACUUCACAAGCCUCGCGCGUAUCACACAUCCCUAUCCGAGUAGCUCCUGCAAAGGACGGUACCGGUUCAGCUUCACAGCCUCACAAUCAGCUACCCUCAUCACUCCCAAUGCCACCACUGGCAACGAUUCCACAAACAUUCGAGCCGUCCUCGCCAUAUAACGAUUCGAGCUCCCUUCCCAUCCCGGCUCUAAGUCCCGACACCGUGAGAGCAAGACGAGAGACUGUCCGCCAAGCACGAGACCACCUCAAGGACGUCCAGAAGCCUCAGUCCAAUCAGUUACACCUUGGAUCCCUUCCAGCCUCAUGGCCAACAGAUGAAGAGAGCAUUGGGCUGCAUGCGUCUUUCGUUGAAGCACAGGACUUGCAAGGACUGGACGCGAGGUCUGUAUCUUCACAGGUGACUGCCAUUCAUGAGCCUGUAACUGGCCGCCGCGAUACUUCCUAUUCGCGAUUUAUGCCUACAAGUCCUGCACAGCCACGGGCUCAAGUACCGUCAACGUCCGCUGGUGUUCAAAACGGAGCUGAAGACGUUGAAAUGACCGGCGGCCCAGAUCCAGGCCCCAACACCAUCCUGGAAAGCGACAACGAAGAUAACAUCUCAGAUUCCGCGACCAAUGCCGAGCACGAAACACACCAACACCCUCCUAGCCAACACAGCGUAUCCUCGUCCACAUUCGCUUCCCAGAGCCAAAGCCAAAACCAAAAUCAAAGCCGGGUAGUCGAAGGAUUGGAGGAUGAAAUCAUAACCGACGACGAUGAAUACACCAGCGAUGCCGAUGCGCUUGGACAUCCGCAUGCCCAUCCAGAUCCAGAUCCAGAUCCAGAUCCACAGCUAACACUACCCAUGGAUUUGAAACCGGGCUCAUCGAAGCCUCGACCUCCACUUCUUUCAAGGCGGGAAUCGUCGAUUCGAAACCGGCGUGCGGCGUAUGAGGCGGCGAGAGAGGACAGUUUUGAUGCGUGGGCGGAGAUGUCGCUUGUUUCGGCGGGGAAUAACCAUACAGAGGAAGAAGUUGAGCUUUGA